CCUGCAUCCAUGGUGACUCCUGCUGCUGGAUGUAUUUUGCAUCCGUGCUCCUGCUCCUAAAAUACGGGAUCAAUAAGGGGCCAGCAAUGGCUACAUCUUCAAACCCCCCCUUCUGACAAGAUGAUGGUCUGUGGAUAUUUCUUCAGAACAGAGGUGUUCCUGAGGAGAAUAUUCAGAAAAUGCAGCAGGAUCAUAUUGACAGCUCGGUAAUUGGAGACAUAGAUGAUGCCACUAUGGCUGCUUACAUUCCAGCCUAUGGUGACAGGAUUGCCACAAGGCGUUUCUGUUUGGAAAAACAGAGAAGAGGCGGAGAUGAUACAAAAAGACAGUCCUUAUUUGAAAAACUUAAAAAAAAAAAAAAAAUGGGCACAAUGAGCAACAAAGGUAUUGAUCAAGGUUUUGAGGGGGAAAAUCCAGUCCAGCCAACAAAGAUGCAUCUAAAAACUAAUAAGAGAGCCUGUAAGAUGACUAGAAAAAUAGAAUUAGGGUGGAUACAUGACAACAAACAAGUCAGAAAACGCAGUGGUGGAGGAACCAGAGUUCUUGAUAUUAACAAGAAAGCCACUAAAAGCGAGAUUCUGUCACAUGCUAAAAAACAGUUUUUCCCUAAUGAAAUGUCGAUGAAGGGAAAGUGGGAAGAGUUCAGUCACGACAUAGUUGACUUUCAGGAAGCAUGUGUUGAUGAGGAUGUUAGCGUGGGAGACCUCUACGAGACACACAAAUUGGGGUUGUUAAGGUUUUAGUUGUUCACAAACACCCUGACCAGUGAAAAUGAAACAGAGGGAGGAGCUGAUAUACAGACAGAUGAGCAACAUGAAAACACGGCAGAGCCUGGACAAGAGAAACACACAAGGGAAGAGUUUGAGCAGCUGACACAGAAAAGACAAAACAGUAAACAUCAAAUGUACAUAGUGGAAGAUGAUGAGCAAAGCACUGCCACAAUGUCAGCUGUUGUCUCUGUUGAUCUUACAUCUUUGUGUGAUACAUCAGAGGUCAUUAUUGGUCCUUUGCCAGGUGGGCCGUUUUUAGGUGAUCUCGAUGAUACACUCAUACAUGAGCCAAUCCUUGCAAUAGAAGAACAAAUGAACAUCCCCACCUACACCUCAACUCCUACUGAUGCUGAGACAGCCUCUGCUAGACCACCAAGUCCUGCCAGUGAACUUUUUUAUGUGACUGUGAAACUUCACAGAGUGACACUCUUGGAUGAACUGAUUGCCCAAUUCAAGGAUGAUGCAAUGAUGAGCUGCUCUGUGAAAUACAGCAUCGAUGAAAUGGGGGCAGAUGCUGAUGGUGUGUCCCGGGAUGUGUACGCCACCUUCUGGACAGAAUUUCUAGACUGUGCUGCAGAGGGUGCAGAUGUGAGGGUGCCAUCACUAUCCCCAAAAUGGCAAAAGGAGGAAUGGAAGUCUGUUGGCAAGAUAUUGGCCAAGGGACUGAAGGACCAUGGGUAUUUUCCAUUUCGGCUGGCACAAGCCUUUACAGCAGCAGUCGUCUUUGGUGAACACUCUGUUUCACCUGAUUUACUGGUUGACUCGCUGAUGUUGUAUCUUAGUCAGUCUGAACGUGAUCUCUUGUCCACUGCUUUGCAAGAGGCUGUUGUCGGCGAUGAUGAGGAAGAGCUUCUUGAUCUGAUGGAUCGCAUGGGAGUAAGAACAGUACCAUCACAGGAUAACUUGAGAGCCGUGCUUGUCCAGGUGGCUCACAAGCAAAUAAUCCAGCACCCAAAAUAUGCACUGGAUAAUAUUGCAGAAGUUGCAGGACCGACACUCAGGACGUUUUUCCCCACUGUACAGGAUAUGAAGAAGAUGUAUGAGGAUCUUAAACCAACAACACGAAAGGUGUUAAAGAUGAUAACAGCUUUUCCAGCUACUUCAGCAGACAACCAAAGUUUGCGAUUUUUCCAUCAGUACAUUAGGGGACUGGAUGAAAUUGGCCUCCGGAAGGUGAUGAGAUUUCUAACUGGGUCUGAUGUCAUCUGUGUAAAAGAAAUUCAAGUCACAUUCACCUCUGUGGAAGGGCUAGCACGGCGGCCAAUUGCACACACUUGUGGCCCACCUUUGGAGCUACCAUCAACUUACAGCAGCUAUCCUGGAGGCGAUACUGUCCUGCAACUCUUAUGCAAUGGACAUUGCAUAAGAGUGCCUAAGUGACCUAUGAACACAUGCACACCUUUCUCUUCCCCAUCAGUGCCAGCUAUUUAGGUUUAGACUGUGUGUAAAUGUGGGAUAGAACAUGCAAGGAGAAUAUGCGAUUAGCUCAGGAGCUGUAUGAUGAGUGCAGAAUGUUUUUAUUUUAUUUUAUUAAAUUUCAAGAUUUUGGUUUUAUGAUAUCAAGAAACAAUUUAUAUUUUACUUUGAUCUAACCCUCCUGUUGUCCUCGGGUUAGGAAGGAAGGAAGAAGAAGGAAGGAUGGAGGAAAGAAGGGAGGGAUGGUGGGAGGCAGGAAGGAAGGAAGGAAGGACAGAGGGGAAGAAAGGAGGAAGGAAGGAAAAAAGAAAGAAAGAAAGGAGGGAUGGAGCGGGGAAAGGAGAGGCGGAGAGAGGAAGGAAAGAAAGAAAGAAGGGAUGGAGGAAGGACAGAGGAGAAGAAGGGAGGAAGGAGGAAAGAAGAAAGGAAAGAAGGAAAAAGGGAGGGAGGAAAGAAAGAAAGGAGGGAUAAGAGAAGGAACAUUCAAAGCAGACUGGAUCAAUUUGACCUGGGAGGGAGGACAAUACAUACAAAGGUUAUGACACUUUUUGUUAUCAGAGCAUUUAUGGAGAAUAUGUGAUUAGCUCAGGGGCUGUGUGAUAAGCAGAAUGUUUUUUUUUUGUUUUUUUUUAAAUUUCAGUAUUUUCUUUUUAUCAUACCAAGAAACAAUUUAUUUUGAUUUAAGACAAUUUUUGUUAUCAUUCUAGAAUGAGAAUGUUCAGACAUGAAACUAAAUACUUUCAUGAAGUUAAAUUUUCACUGUUAAAUUCUAAUAGAAUUGGAACCUCUACCUCAUGUCAGAUGUUAAUACUGACCGUGUUUGUUAAUCUGCUCUUAACAGUAGAAGGUACUUUGAGGUGUUUUUUGUACAACUAAAAUCACAGGUUGCUGUCUUGUUUUGUACAGCUGUCUUCAAACAAAUUGUGUCUACUUUUGAUUCAUGUCGUUCAGUAGUCCUGCUCUAGUGAGACAUGAUCUGUUUCCAACCAGAAUCUUAAAAUUGGAGUUCCUGUUUGUUAUGGGGUGCUUGUAUUGUGAAAGGUUAAAGUUAU